GCAACCCAAGCACCUGUGGUACAGUGAAGAACUGCAGUGUUUGCUUUGGGCUGGCACUUCUUUAGUGCAGAAGUAACCUUCCAUUUUCACAGUAGAUAUUUUUAACUUGAAAGUUGUUUUGCUGUUGCUUCAUUUUAACUUUGCAGAGAGGAGAUGCAUUGUAGGAAGGCUUGAAAAUGCCUUGGUUUGAGCUGUGAAGGUAUGACGUGCUGUGCUGUUCUGAGACUGAAAAAUCAGACACUCAGCUACUGGAUAGUAUCAAAGUUAACAAGUACAACGAUAACUCUGUGCCUCCUGUGUAUUUGUGAGUAUAUUUUUAGUCAUGUUGUGUGCAUUGUUUUAUUUUUUCCAGCAACACCUUUCCUUGUUUGUUGUGCAGAAUGAAAGGCAUUGAAGGUAUUUGUGUCACAAACAAGCGUGCUCUUGUUCUGCGCUGAGUCCUUUCACCUCUCACACUGAACGCUUCAUGAGCUCUGCUGUUUGGGCUGAAAGUCUUAAUUUCUGUUCAUGGCAGUUGCUCUGAUCUCAGUGCUCCAAAUCAGUGUUUCGUUGGUAUUGGGAUGACUUUUGCAAUGUGAGGGGAGGGUAUUAUUUUUGUAAUCUCUGUGUUCCUGCCAUUUAGAAUAGUUGCUAAAGUGCAAAGUAUCCUUUGGCUGUUGUGCACUCAAAGCCAAAGCUGCAUUUUUCAUUGCCUGGUAAUGUGAAACGCUGUGUUUAAUCAGAGCUGCAUUUGAAUUUAGUCAUUAUUGUCAACAAAUAACCUCUCCUAGAUGGCAAUAUAUGGUUGUCUGAAAAAGUUGAAGUAGUUACCAAAAGGUGUGCUUUUUGUUCCUGGCUCAAUAGUAUGCAUCCAUUGGGUGCAAAAAUAGGGAUACGAUCUUUUUCAGGGCAGCCUUCAGUAAUUCGCUUUUGUUUUUUGGGGAUUUUUUUGAUACUCAAAGCUAUUCUGCCAUUUCCUGUAGCCUCUUGCCUCGCUCGCUGCACUUGCUGUCACCAACUGUACAGAGACAAGUAUAUUCUUUAAUAUUUAGUGUGCAGUUAUUUCAGCUGGGAAAAGAAAAUGCCCUGUAAAGUUGUCAGCUCAUGCCCUGCUGGAUGAGAUUUUCCAAGGAAGCAAUCCUCCUGCCCUGUCUGUUCUUUCCUACUGUUCCUUUCCCACCUCUGCCUCCUUCUACAAAUGAGAGUUGUGUUUCUUGUCUGGUUGAAGUCCCGUCCUGCCAUUCACAGGAGCCCUGUGUUUCUGAUUCCAUAUCUCUAGAGCCUCCCAUAGGUUCCCAAUCUCAGCUGCCACCUCCAAGCUUUUUUGAAGUCUGUUUCCUUCCUCCUGGCUCUUCCUGCUCACUGGCUCUCACUGCUCACUGUGGACAACCUUUGCUUUAAGCACCCCAGUCUUCACCAUCUGCAGUUGGCGUCAAAGUUUUUUAACAUGGAAGAAAAUUAGGAAAAGAAGUGAAUGUAACAAGAAGUAACUAAUUUACUGCAAAAACUAGGACAAAGAGAAGAUAUAUAGCAGAUAUGCAAACUACACUCUACAGGUUAUGUUUGGAUGAAGUUCUGCUUGAUCUUUGUCCUGGAGCCACAACCAAGGCAGGAUAAGGCCAGUAAUUGCUUGAGGCAAAGGGAAUGUACUCCAGAACUGGAUGGAAACUUUCUUACAUUUUUCAUUGCUGUAAUUUGCCCUUGCUCAUUCUUCUGAGUUCAUCCAAACAACAGAGUCCUCUGCUCUAUUCUAUGGUUUCAUUUAGAUUUGUUGACCAUAAACUUUUUGGUUUUCUAGAGAAAAACUAGAAGUUAAUUUUUUGUUUUUCCAUUAUUACUGUGCCUGUGUCUUGUUUGUCUAACCAGCUCCAGAGCUAUAAGCAACAAGAUUUUGUCCCCGUGGCAGAACCCAACUUAAACAUCUUUUUCAGGUCCUUAAGCAGCCAAGAUGCCCAUCCGUGUGGAUCAAAUGAUGCAACUGCUUUGCCAUGUUUCUCAGGAGAAGGGAAUGACAGCGGCUGUCAAGCACUCUGGUAGAGGAGCACUCCUGGCAGGUGCAACUGCAUUUGUUGGGGGUUUGGUUGGAGGUCCACCUGGCAUCGCUGUAGGAGGAGCUCUUGGUGGACUGCUUGGUGCCUGGAUGACCAGUGGACACUUCAAGCCAGUCCCUCAGAUUUUAAUGGAGUUGCCUCCUGCGGAGCAGCAGAAACUCUUUGAUGAAGCCAUCGCAAUAGUCAGGAACCUAGACUGGACUGAUAUCGCUCAGCUGACUGCACUUGUCAUGGGAAGUGGCCAUCUCCAGCAGCAGUUGGCAGGAGUGGUGAUAAAUUACCUCACCAAAGAGCUAAGUGCAGAGAUAAAGUAUGGGGAAUAAAUCUUCCCAGAGUGUGUUUUUAGAUUGUAGUGAAUUUUACUCUGACAGUUGUGAUUCUUCAGUGUAUCAAUUGUUAGUUAGCUUUACUAGUUAUAAAUGUAGGCAGAUCUAAGUAUUACCUUGCUUUUCUUUUUCUUUUUUUUUUUUUUAACAGAAGUUAUUACUGGUUUAUUGUAUUAUCCUGUCACUGCCUUGCUGUGUUAUUUGAAGUACUGUGUGGUGGGAUUGAAUUCAAGAUCACUGAAGGGAAUUCUGGUUCUCUUGCCAUAUAAUGUAGCACUGGGUAAAAUUUUCAAAGUCCUUGUAUUUUAUUUAGGAGAUGUAAUCCUGUUUGUUGAAGUGCUUUAAACUUCUUCUGUGUAUGGCAUGAAUGCUGAGGUGUCAAGGGCACUUUGAAGAAUUUUACCUGGCAUCUGAGUAUUACAAGGGAUAGUUGCAAGAAAUUAUUUCUACUGUGAACUCACAAACCUCAAGCCUUGCUUGAUUUUUUGUCACAUUUUUAUUGUAAUUCUUGGGAAUUCAUUUCUGUAAGAAGAGAAGCCAAUACCUGUUUGGAGGAACUUAGAAGAGCAGGUAAAAUAGAGUCUAAGGAAUUAGCAGUUCCUGAUAUCCUAGAACUGGAAUGUGUGGCAAGGAGACUGGUUAAAAAAGGGGAGUGAGGAAGAAUGGCAAGUCUGACAUUUUUAUAUGUUUAGGAUAAUCAUUUUAGCAUUCGUUUCUCAACUAAUUCUGAACAUCUGGUCCUCUGUUUUCAUUAAAAUAUUCCUAAGAAGCAUCACAA